GCGCGAUUGCACCUAUUAUUUUCUUCUCCCGCAAGCAAGAAAUGAAGAGCCGCCUGAACGUGUGUUGAUCAAUCUAAAAUAUUUACACGGGGAAACAGAUUUGCUCAUACACCGGUGGUUUUAUACAUGGAGGCACACGACACCUAGCUAGCAUUCUCGCCAGGCUGCGGGGUCCGCCAUCGGGGGAUAGGAGGCCGAGAAAACGGCAGACUAGCAGGACAUGCAAAAGUGCUUUUGUAUGUAAAAGCUAGCUGGCUUAGCAGGGCAUUGGAGGAGCAAAACGUUCAAGAGUUUUCCAGGACCCCACCAUUUGCAGAAAGGGUUACAUCUGCUCUCAACCACACCGAGCAGCUGUCAGGAUGGCGCACCUCCGCGACAUGCAGAAUCAGAAUUCACGCCUGGACCCAGAGGAGUAUUUCACAAAGCAGGAACGCAUUGGGAAGGGUUCUUUUGGUGAGGUCUACAAGGGCAUCAACAAUCGCACCAAAGAGGUGGUCGCCAUCAAGAUCAUUGACCUGGAGGAGGCAGAAGAUGAGAUCGAAGACAUUCAGCAAGAAAUCACAGUUCUCAGCCAGUGUGACAGUCCAUAUGUCACCAAGUAUUAUGGCUCAUUUCUAAAGGGAACUAAACUGUGGAUUAUCAUGGAGUAUUUAGGAGGCGGCUCUGCUUUAGAUUUACUGAAACCAGGGCCCCUCGAGGAGACGUACAUUGCCACUAUACUGAGAGAGAUUCUAAAGGGACUGGAAUACUUACAUUCAGAGAGGAAGAUUCACCGCGAUAUCAAAGCUGCCAACGUGCUGCUGUCCGAGCAGGGGGAUGUGAAGCUGGCAGAUUUCGGCGUGGCAGGGCAGCUCACAGACACCCAGAUCAAGAGAAACACGUUUGUGGGAACUCCAUUCUGGAUGGCUCCCGAGGUCAUCAAACAGUCUGCCUAUGACUUUAAGGCGGACAUUUGGUCCUUGGGAAUUACAGCAAUCGAACUGGCAAAAGGGGAGCCCCCGAACUCUGACCUGCACCCGAUGCGAGUGUUGUUUCUUAUACCCAAGAAUCCUCCCCCCACACUGGAGGGCUCCUAUAGCAAACCCUUCAAAGAGUUUGUCGAGGCCUGCCUCAAUAAAGACCCUCGCUUUCGGCCCACCGCCAAGGAGUUACUGAAGCAUAAAUUCAUCACGCGCUACACCAAGAAGACUUCCUAUCUGACAGAGCUUAUUGACCGAUACCGCCGUUGGAAAUCUGAAGGCCAUGGUGACGAGUCCAGCUCGGAUGAUUCUGACAUGGAUGGCGAUAGUGAUGACAGAGACCAGUGUCCUGUGUGGACGUUCCCUACAGUCCGGCCCAGCUCCAUGAAUAAGCUCCAGAAGGGUUACACAAACACCGAGGCAGCUGAGACUGUACAGAGGCAGCCGAAGUCACAAUGUCUGUCAGCGCUGGUCUCUCCCAUCUUCAGAGAGUUGAAGGAGAAGAGGAGGGCUUGUGGAGGUGGAAUGGGUGCCAUAGAGGAGCUGGAGAAUGCUUUUAACCUGGCAGAGGAGUCGUGCCCUGGUAUCUCUGACCUUCUGGUCACACACAUGAUGGAGAGAGUGUGCAGGUUUGCUCUAAAUGGCAACACCACAACAUCGUCACGGUGAAACCUCGCCCCCUCCCCCUUACCCUAAACCACCGGAGCCCCAUCAGGACCACAACACAAAUGCCCUCCCCACAACCUCUCUUAAACGCCCCCUCCAGAGAUCUUUUAAUUAGUUAUGAUUAAAUAUUUUUACAAUUUUCUUUAUAGAAUGGAAAGUAUUUAAGAGAAAAGCCAUGUCAUUGAGCGAACUGUGUUUACCUGUUAGAUCAAAAAUCCUAUUAUAAAGUGUUUAUGGAAACAU